UAUGCAACUGUGGGACAAAUGCCGAAAGCUGUGCAUUUAAUCCUCAAGGAGAGAAAGUGUGCACAUGUAAACCAAACUAUGAAGAAAAAGAUGGAACUUGUGAAGAAUGCAACUGUGGGACAAAUGCCGAAAGCUGUGCAUUUAAUACUGAAGGACAGAAAGAGUGCACAUGUAAACCAAACUAUCAAGUAAAAGAUGGAACUUGUGAAGAAUGCAACUGUGGGACAAAUGCCGAAAGCUGUGCAUUUAAUACUGAAGGACAGAAAGAGUGCACAUGUAAACCAAACUAUCAAGUAAAAGAUGGAACUUGUGAAGAAUGCAACUGUGGGACAAAUGCCGAAAGCUGUGCAUUUAAUACUGAAGGACAGAAAGAGUGCACAUGUAAACCAAACUAUCAAGUAAAAGAUGGAACUUGUGAAGAAUGCAACUGUGGGACAAAUGCCGAAAGCUGUGCAUUUAAUACUGAAGGACAGAAAGAGUGCACAUGUAAACCAAACUAUCAAGUAAAAGAUGGAACUUGUGAAGAAUGCAACUGUGGGACAAAUGCCGAAAGCUGUGCAUUUAAUACUGAAGGACAGAAAGAGUGCACAUGUAAACCAAACUAUCAAGUAAAAGAUGGAACUUGUGAAGAAUGCAACUGUGGGACAAAUGCCCAAAGCUGCGCUUUUAAUACUGAAGGACAGAAAGAGUGCACAUGUAAACCAAACUAUCAAGUAAAAGAUGGAACUUGUGAAGAAUGCAACUGUGGGACAAAUGCCGAAAGCUGUGCAUUUAAUACUGAAGGACAGAAAGAGUGCACAUGUAAACCAAACUAUCAAGUAAAAGAUGGAACUUGUGAAGAAUGCAACUGUGGGACAAAUGCCGAAAGCUGUGCAUUUAAUACUGAAGGACAGAAAGAGUGCACAUGUAAACCAAACUAUCAAGUAAAAGAUGGAACUUGUGAAGAAUGCAACUGUGGGACAAAUGCCGAAAGCUGUGCAUUUAAUACUGAAGGACAGAAAGAGUGCACAUGUAAACCAAACUAUCAAGUAAAAGAUGGAACUUGUGAAGAAUGCAACUGUGGGACAAAUGCCGAAAGCUGUGCAUUUAAUACUGAAGGACAGAAAGAGUGCACAUGUAAACCAAACUAUCAAGUAAAAGAUGGAACUUGUGAAGAAUGCAACUGUGGGACAAAUGCCGAAAGCUGUGCAUUUAAUACUGAAGGACAGAAAGAGUGCACAUGUAAACCAAACUAUCAAGUAAAAGAUGGAACUUGUGAAGUAUGCAACUGUGGGACAAAUGCCGAAAGCUGUGCAUUUAAUCCUCAAGGAGAGAAAGUGUGCACAUGUAAACCAAACUAUCAAGAAAAAGAUGGAACUUGUGAAGGUAUUGUUCCUAUUUUCAAUUAAAAUAAGUACGUACAUAAUAAUAGAAAAUUACGAAAU